GAGCUUGAUCAAAUGCUUUUAUUACAGUUGUUGUUGCUUGAAGGGGUGGAUGUCCAGACUGGAUGAACAUGGCAAGUGGAGGAAACUCUGGUUUGUUCUUGGCAAUACUUCGCUGAGAUACUACAGAGACACGGAGGCUGAGGAGUCAGAUGAUCUGGACGGAGAGAUCGACCUGACAUCCUGUGUGAGUGUGUCAGACUGUGAUGUAGAGAAGAACUAUGGAUUCCAAAUACAAACAAAGAGAGCAGUGUUCACUCUCUCUGUUAUGACCUCCAGAAUACGGCGGAACUGGGUAAAGUUACUAAAGCAGGCGAUCCAGAACAACACGCAGUGAGUCUGACUAUACUGGGAGACACUGGUGGAGGAAGUGUUCAGAUCCGUUACUUAAGUAAAAGUACUAAUGCCACAAUGUAAAAUAAAGAUCCUAUAAAAUAUUACUUAAU